AUGUCCGUGGUGGGCUUUGAUGUGGGCUUUCAGAACUGUUACAUCGCCGUUGCGCGGAGCGGCGGCAUUGAAACCAUUGCAAAUGAAUACAGUGACAGAUGCACCCCAGCAUGCAUUUCUCUGGGCCCUAAAAACCGAACCAUUGGAAAUGCUGCUAAGAGUCAGAUCAUAACAAACUUUAAAAACUCGCUUCAUGGCUUUAAGAUAUUCCACGGGCGAGCGUUUGACGAUCCUUUUAUUCAGGGUGAGAAAGCCAAGUUGCCUUACAAUCUUCACAAGUUCACCAAUGGCAACACUGGAGUGAAGGUUCGUUACCUGGACGAGGACAAGGUGUUCACUAUUGAGCAGGUAACUGCCAUGCUGCUCACCAAGCUGAAAGAGACUUCAGAGAGCGCGUUAAAGAAGCCCGUGGUGGAUUGUGUGAUUUCUGUGCCCAGCUUCUUUACUGAUGCACAGCGUAGAUCUCUGAUGGAGGCCUCUCAGAUUGCCGGCCUGAAUUGCUUGAAACUGAUUAAUGAUACCACAGCAGUGGCCUUGGCGUAUGGCAUCUAUAAGCAGGAUCUGCCAAACCCAGAAGAGAAGCCCCGUAAUGUAGUGUUUGUGGACCUUGGUCACUCAUCUUACCAAGUCUCAAUAGUGUCCUUCAACAAGGGAAAACUGAAGGUGCUCGCUACGUCCUUUGACCCGUAUCUAGGUGGACGCAACUUUGACGAGGUGCUGGUGGAGCAUUUCUGUGAGGAGUUUAAGAGCCGUUACAGGCUGAACGUGAAGGAGAACCCUCGUGCCCUGCUCCGGCUCUACCAAGAGUGUGAGAAGCUAAAGAAGCUGAUGAGCGCCAACUCUUCGGAGCUGCCGCUCAACAUCGAGUGCUUCAUGAAUGACAUCGACGUCUCGGGGAAGAUGAAUAGGGGUCAGUUUGAAGAGAUGUGCGCCCCCCUCCUCAUGAGAGUGGAAGCACCACUGAAAGCCGUUAUGGACCAGUCAAAGCUGAGCAGAGACGAGAUCUGUGCUGUUGAAGUUGUGGGCGGAGCCACUAGAAUUCCUACCAUUAAGGAGAGAAUCUCCCGGUUCUACGGUAAAGACAUCAGCACCACCCUGAACGCGGACGAGGCUGUAGCUCGGGGGUGUGCUCUACAGUGUGCAAUCUUGUCCCCAGCAUUUAAGGUUCGUGAAUUCUCCAUCACAGAUGUGGUCCCCUUUCCAAUUACCCUUCGCUGGAGGUCUCCCACAGAUGAGGGUGUUGGUGAAUGUGAGGUGUACAAUAAGAACCAUGCAGCACCCUUCUCCAAAGUCAUUACCUUCCACAAGAAAGAGCCAUUUGACCUGGAAGCAUUUUACAGCUCUCCACAGGAUCUGCCAUUCCCAGACACCAGAAUAGGGUGCUUCACCGUCCAAAAUGUUGUGCCGCAGCCAGACGGGGACAGCUCGAAGGUCAAGGUGAAAGUGCGUGUGAAUGUGCAUGGCAUCUUCAGUGUGUCGAGCGCCUGUAUGAUUGAAAAGCAGAAAGGAGAAGCGGAAGAGGUGCAGAUGGAGACGGAGCCCACCAUCCAGAAUGAAGGCAGGCCAGAGGACCAGACUAAAAUGCAGGUGGACCAGGAGGGCCAAGGUGAGCAACCCAACGAAGAGGGGAAAGCCCACAGUUCUAAUAAUAAGGAGGGCGGUUGCUCUGAAAAGCAGGAUCAUGGAGUAGGAGGCAACAAACCCAAGUUGAAGGUGAAGAGCGUUGAUCUGCCCAUCUCGACCUGCACUUCCAGACAGAUGGACAGAGAGAUACUCAACAGCCUGGUGGAAGAGGAGAGGAAGAUGAUAAUCCAGGACAAGCUGGAGAAGGAGAGGAACGAUGCGAAGAAUGCCGUGGAGGAGUAUGUGUAUGACCUGCGAGACAAGCUGUGUGGCGUCUACGAGAACUACAUUACUGAGGAUGACAGUAGCAGACUUACUCUAAUGCUUGAGGACACAGAGAACUGGUUAUAUGAGGAUGGUGAAGACCAAGAAAAACAAAUCUAUCUAGAGAAGCUGACUGAGCUCAAAAGGUUCGGUGACCCGAUUGAGGAGAGGCACAGGGAGCAGGAGGAAAGGCCUCUAGCUUUUGAUGAGCUGGGCAAAAAAAUCCAGAUCUUCCUGAAAGCUGUGGAGGCAUACAAGCAGAAGGAUGAGCGCUACCAGCACCUGAACACGGAGGAGAUGAGCACCGUGGAGAAGAGUGUAAAUGAAACCAUGAACUGGAUGAACACCAAGAUGAAUGCCCAGUGCAAACUCACCAUCGCUCAGAAUCCAGCUGUGAAGGUGGCAGAGAUCCUUCAGAAAGUGCGAGAGCUAGAAGAAGUUUGCAGUCCUGUGGUGAACCGACCCAAACCCAAAGUUGAAGAGCCAGCGGACGACAGCGGGGCUCACAACGGCCCUGGAGCAGGACAAGGCACCGAUGGCAAAGGCAGCCAGCAGACAAAGAACCCUGGACAGAUGGAGGUGGACUGAACAGCUCCACAUCCAGCCUUUGCUAGCCUCCCUCAAGCCACCAUAUGACCCUCAUAACUGACUCUGAACCUGCAGUCGGUUCCAUUCUCUCUGCGUGCACUACUGUAUUUGCACAUCUGUUUGUUUAAAGUUUCCCAUUGGUCUUCUGUUGUACGUAUGACAGUUCGGAGUCCACUAUCCUUUGAAUGUUACAGCUUUAUGUGAAAUUAGGUCCAGGGUUAGACACCCAUGAUAGUCAUGUAAAUUAGUUGUAGCCUAGCAUUUGAAAAAAAUGUUGCCACUCUCAACAACAUAUUGUAUUCUUUAAGAUGAUGUGAAAAUCACCGGAGCAGUCCAAAGCACUCGUUCUGUCAUGGCGAAUUGUAGCUUGUUUGGGGAACCUGAGUAAUGGCUGAAUAAACAUGAGUGAAUAUGUAUGCAAUUAUACAUAUAAAUAUAUAAAUAUAUAGAGUAUAUAUUUGUAUUAAUACAUGACUUUCAAAAGGAUGUCUUGUCGAGGACCUGUAAAUAUUAUUUUAGUAAUUUGAAUUUACCCGUAAGUAGAUAUGUAUAUACCGGUACACUCCCGGUGGUGAAGUGGCAAUGCUUCCAGCUCCGAGUUGUCAUUUACAAAUACAAUGUAAUGAGCUAUUUAUUCCUUUAUUCAUACAUUUCCCCCUGUCGGGUCAUGAGAUUUGACGAUGGCAUCUAAUAAAAACAUCUUUGACCAGUGUGUGACUAA